UUUUGUCUUGCUCUCUCUUGUGCCAUGGUGAUAUUGCAGCUUCCUAGUUCUAACACUGUAAAUCUCCCCAUUCUUGCAUUGGGUCUCAGUCAUCACAGGCAUUUAUCAAACUUAUCUUCUUCUCUUCCUUCAGGAAAGUUUUCUGUAUCGAGUUCGCAGCAGCAAUCUCAAUCUCCCAUCCCAUUAUCCUAUCCAAUAAAUCAGAGUGUUGCAGCCAUUGUAUUCGGGGACGGAUCAGAGUCGAGGCUGUAUCCAUUGACAAAGAGAAGAUCAGAAGGAGCAAUUCCUAUAGCAGCAAAUUACAGACUCAUUGAUGCAGUGAUAAGCAACUGCAUUAACAGUAACAUAAACAAGAUAUAUGCCAUCACACAAUUCAACUCUACCUCUCUCAAUUCUCACCUCUCAAGAGCUUAUAAUGGAAUAGGCCUCGGCAAAGAAGGAUUUGUCGAAGUAAUUGCAGCUUAUCAGAGUCCUGAAGAUCAAGGCUGGUUUCAGGGAACUGCUGAUGCUAUGAGAAGAUGUCUGUGGGUAUUAGAAGAGUAUCCGGUGACGGAGUUCUUAGUCCUUCCUGGUCACCAUCUCUACAAAAUGGACUAUCAGAAACUAGUAGAGGCACAUCGGAGUAGCCAGGCUGACAUAACCAUUGCUACUUUGAAUUCUAUCAGAGAACCAGACCCAUGUUUUGGGGUACUGAAAGUGAAUUCACAAAAUGAAGUAGUGGAGUAUAGUUUGAGAUCGGAGAAGGUAAGAAGCUCCAGAAAAUUCGAUGAUUCUGCAUACAGUAAGUAUUCGAGUAUGGGGAUCUACCUUGUUAAUAGCGAGACUAUGACAAAGCUUCUUGACAACUACUUUCCAGAGGCAAAUGACUUUGGAACUGAAGUGAUACCUGCUGCAAUAUCUGCUGGAAUGAAGAUUCAAGCUUACCGAUUCGACGGGUAUUGGGAGGACAUAAGAAAUAUUUCAGCAUUUUACCAGGCAAACAUGGAAUGCAUCAAGAGAUCAAACAUGGGAUAUAACUUUUCUGAUAGAGACUCUCCUCUAUACACCAUGCCAAGAUAUCUGCCUCCUACUACUAUAGGUGAUGCUGUCAUAACAGAUAGUGUCAUUGGAGAUGGCUGCAUACUCAAUAGGUGCAAGAUCAAAGGAACAGUUAUUGGAAUGAGGACAAGAAUUGGAGAUGGGGCCAUAGUUGAAGACUCAGUGAUCAUGGGUUCUGAUAUCUAUCAAAAAGACUACAUUCAAAAGAGUGGCGUUCAUGGAAAGGGCAUGGACAUUCCAAUAGGAAUUGGUGAUGAUACUCAGAUAAGGAAAGCUGUGAUAGAUAAGAAUGCAAGGAUUGGCAGAAAUGUUAUGAUCAUUAACAAGGACAAUGUGCAAGAAGGCAACAGGGAAGCUAAUGGCUACAUAAUCAGUGAAGGAAUAGUGGUUGUUCUACAGAGUGCAGUGAUCCCAGAUUACAGCAUUUUAUAAUAAUAAUAAUAAUAAGCAUGGUCUCAUUUUUAGUUUCUCUUCUUGAUUCUUUAAUGAUCAAAAUACAGGUGAUUAUGCAGAUUCAGAGUCAGAAUUUACAUACAUCACCUGGAAUGUCACCCAAAUAUUUUGGCUGAUCUUGAACAAUUAAAUUCUAUUUGUUCAAUGAUUUUGGUUUAUUUACUUUUUCACAUUUAUGUAUCUUAAAAUAAAAUAAUAAUUUCUUUCAUGUUAUUUCUGUUUAA